AAAUAUGACAGGGGAACUUCACUAAUGCUAACUGAAACUUUGUCACUUCAACUUCCUCAUGUGGCUUGAUUUACAGAUACAACAACACCAUAGCUUUUCACACUCAGGGUUGGUUUCACAGGCUCUCAACGUUGUGCUAAGAAAUGGACAGAGCUCAAGGAGGUAAAGCAUAUGGUCUUCUCAAGUCUCAACAGGAGGAAAAACUCAACUCUAUCAAUGAGGCUUUUCUCGAGGAUCCCCAGUAUGCAGAAGAGGAAGACCUUAGCUCAAAGCUUGAACUGUUUAAAAAGAAAUACAUGGAGUUUGACCUUAACGACAAAGGAGAUAUAGAUAUAAUGGGGUUAAAACGAAUGCUGGAAAAACUCGGAAUGGCCAAGACUCACUUAGAGCUGAAAAAGAUGAUGCAAGAGGUGGUUGGAGGGACAUCGAAAGACACCAUCAGCUACCACGACUUCCUGAAAAUGAUGCUGGGCAAGAAAAAUGCAAUUUUAAAACUGAUCUUGAUGUUUGAAGGCAUGGGAAAGGAGCAGGAACCCCAAGAUGUGGAACCCCCCCGUCGCAAAACCUUUUCAGACCUGCCCUGAAGGAGCUCUCCAUCCCAUCAGGGAAUGGCUGCUAUUAGGCUUAUUCCUUUUUUACAGAUUGAAACAUCACCUAAAUUCUUCAAAGUUCAUGACAAUGGGAAAACAUAUUGUAAAAAGUGCAUUUUUUAUAGUUAUAUUAAUGUUUGUGCAUUCUGAUUUAUGUGAUUAUGACCACAGUACUGAUCUCCCACAUUAUAGGCAACUAACUACUUUGUAAAUGAGUCUCCUUAAAACCCAGGUGUAGGCUGUUGCUUUAGCUGCAUAGUUAAAUAAAAAAUCUAAUUAUGUACACAAUGUACAUGGGAGUGGUCGUUGCCUUAUUGCUAUACAAAUACAGGAAUAUCACAAUGUUUUAAGUAAGGUGUGUUUGAACAUAUUUAAAACCCACAGUAAUGUAUUCUUUCUUAGUUUUGUUGGAAAUUCAUUAAAAGGUGAAUGAAA